CGCCAUCCAUCAUAAUAAAUAGAGCCGGAAGCAGAACGUCAACACCUAGAAAUCAACCGGUGGACAUAUGCAGAGAGCACAGGGUUAUGAUGUGGACGUGAAAUGCCAAGGGGAUACGGUGUCUGCCCAGAGCCUACUAACCAAUAGCCUCUUCACACGGAUAACGACAUCAACAAAAGAUGUGCCCCAAUGCUGACACUAUAUCCCCAAAGUCUCUAUGACCAAACUUCAAAUCGGACUGCAACUUGGGGUGUAGGUCUACCUACCUAAGCUCAUUUACAACACUUCUCAACCAACCAGCUCUAACCAAAUAAGCUCUGCACCUCUGAAACCCAAGAUGGCUACUAGACAAAGUGCCCUAACUGCUGCUGUGGUUACCCUGUUGGGAGCCACCUUGGGUGGCCUGUUGCUAUGGCGACAGAGAGCUCUACGGACAAAGAAGCAACAGCUUCCUGCUCAGGGUCAGGUAAGGGUCAGCUCUUGUCCCUUACCUGUGGAACCAGAGCCUGUGGUUCUGGAGUGUAAGAAGCCAGUGGUGUCCCAAAUCCAGUCUAAGCAGACCCAGCUAUCCUCGGGUCAAAGUCUGGUCCUCCCCCUGCCUGCUGUGCUACCCCUUGUUGACCAAGCCUUGGCGGUGCAGCCGGUGAUGGUAAGCUCUGAGAAGGAGUGGGAGCAGCUGUGGCCCAUGCUGCAAAAGGAUCUGUCAGUCUACCCCGUCCUCGGCCUGGACUGUGAAUGGGUAAAGAGUCAAACUAAGGUCCUGGGUGUGUCAGUGAAGGGUAAGACGUCAACGGUCUCUUUACUCCAGAUGGCUUCCUACUCUGGUCUGUGUGUGUUGGUGAGGCUGCAGCAGUUCCAUGGUGGCCAGCAGGACCUGCCACUCACCCUGAAAGAGGUCCUCAGCGACCCUCACAUCCUGAAGGUGGGUGUGGGCUGCUAUGAGGACGGGAAGCGUCUGACACGAGACUAUGGCCUGGCGCUGGGGUCUACUGUGGAUAUAAGAUACCUUGCACUACGACAAAGGAAGGUAGUGUUGAAUAACGGUCUGAGUCUGAAGUCUCUGGCAGCCGACCUGCUCAACGUCUCUCUGGAGAAAUCCUUGGAGCUGCGCUGUAGUGACUGGGAGGCUGACCCGCUGACCCUACAACAGAUGACCUACGCAGCCCGGGAUGCACAGGUAUCCAUCGCCCUCUUCUUCCGCCUGCUCGGCCUCCACUCAAACACCACGCCCUCACCUGACUCUGGGAGUGGCUACUCCCAGCUGGCCAAUUGCUGCCAGGGCCUGGUGGACACACCCUUCAGGGGGCGUGGUGGAGGAGAGUGUGAGGAUGGAGGGAAAAGCGUGGAUGGAGAGAGGAGGAGGAGGAGGAAGCUCCAGCAGUCUGUUUUUGAAAGCCCAGAGUCUGAGGACCAGCAAGUUCCAGACCCCAGGAGGAACAACAAGAGAAAACCGCUGGGGGUGGGCUACUCUGCCAGGAAGUCCCCUCUUUAUGACAACUGCUUCCUCCAUGCCCCAGAUGGACAACCCCUCUGUACCUGUGACAAGAAGAAGGCCAAGUGGUACCUGGAUAAAGGAAUAGGAGUGCUGCAGAGUGAGGAUCCGUUCAUCGUGCGUCUCUUGUUUGAGCCGUCGGGACGUCCAGAGUCCCAGCAGGACUACUACCUGACUGCCAAGGAGAACCUGUGUGUGGUGUGUGGUAAGAACGACUCUUAUAUCAGGAAGAACAUCGUUCCUCAUGAGUACAGACGUCACUUUCCCACGGAGAUGAAAGACCACAACUCCCAUGACAUCUUGCUGCUGUGUACUUCCUGUCACGCUGCCUCCAAUGUCCACGAUGGCUUCCUGAAGCAGCAGCUGGCUGAUGAACACGCUGCCCCCCAGGGUUGUGAGGAGGGCGUGCGGCUCCUGGAGGACUCUGACCGCAGGAAGGUUCGUUCUGCAGCCCGUGCCCUCCUGACUGCGGGGGAGGGGCUCCCUGGGCCCCGGAGAGACGAGCUGCAGGAAGUCAUCCGGAGUUUCUUCAACGACCCCGACGGGGAGCUGACGACAGACACCCUGCAGAGUGCUGCUGGACUGGAGACACGGAUCUUCAAUGAGAGUUACGUUCCCCACGGGCUGAAGGUGGUGCAGGCGCACGCCAAGCAGGGUCUGAAGGGGUUAAUGGGCCUAGAACGCCACUGGAGGCAGCACUUCCUGUCUACCAUGACGCCGCGCUACCUCCCUCCUCUCUGGUCCGUCAGCCACAAUCACAGCAAGUUCCUACGCAAAUACGGCGAGGAUCUCCUCAUCCAGCUUAACUGAACUACAGUCUGCUUUUAACCUGAAAGGCCAGGCAGUUUGGCAUGACAAGGAGUCUAAUGACAUGGAUUGGUACCCAGGGCUCCAUCUCCCUCUCGUUCUCUCUCUCUCUCUCUCGCUCUCUAUCCAUCAGCUUCUCUGGAUCACUGUUUUAGCAGUUAAAACAGAAGCUACAUUAUUGACAGAGAGCUGACUGACUACGGUGUCUGACGGUAGUCUCACCUACGGCUGUGACGAGGCAGUCUGUCACCCUGUUCCGAUAUGGUGGCAUACAUGUUGAGUGUCAGACAUAGAGACUUGGAUAGACUUAUGGAUCGAGCGGGCACUUAUGGACUUUGCUUGAACUCAAAACGUCCCAUACAGACCCUCCAAUGAACUGGAGCCAGAGACGAGCAGAGACCAUUGGCUGAAAUGGUACCCCUCUUCUUUAUAAAGGGCAGUACUUUAGACCAGGGCCCACAUGGGUGUACCAUGUAGUGUCUAGAGUCAUUUCAGGUACGACCUAGCUGGAGCCUGAGGAGAUGGACUAGAUCGCCUUGGUUCUGACAGAGGUACGGCCUAGCUGGAGCCUGAGGAGAUGGACUAGAUCGCCUUGGUUCUGACAGAGGUACGGCCUAGCUGGAGCCUGAGGAGAUGGACUAGAUCGCCUUGGUUCUGACAGAGGUACGGCCUAGCUGGAGCCUGAGGAGAUGGACUAGAUCGCCUUGGUUCUGACAGAGGUACGGCCUAGCUGGAGCCUGAGAAGAUGGACAAGACCGCCUUGGUUCUGACAGGUAAAAUAAGUCCAGUAUGAAGAACACCAUCCUGGUCCAAUGCUGCAGGAUUCAUGAUGAAAUUAUAUUGCAUAUGGACACUUUUUUUUAACCAACACUGUGGUUUGGUUUCCCAGACAGAUUGGCUUGUCCUGGUCUUAAACAUCCAUUUAAAUGGAGAUUCUCUCCAGGACUAGAUUUAAUCUGGAACCAGGAAACCAGCCCUAAUGUAUAAUCAAUAUAUAAAAAAUGUGAAAUGUGGUUUUCACCAAUUUCAGAAAAUCAUGUAUUUUAGACUACGCUGAAACCUGCUCUUAAUUGUCAUUAAAUAUAAAUUAUAAUUUCCCCCUGCAGGUUUUCAGCCCUAAUGAUCAUUCCUAUGCAUUUGUGUAUGUGCAGAAGUCAACGGUUCGCUUUGCCGAAGGUAACUGUAAUUCGACGACACGUUUUUGAGGUUCCCAUCGUUGUUUAUCUUCAACAGAUCAGACAUUAUGAUAUGACCACCAGCCAUUGGAUGCGUCGCAAAUGACACGGGACCCAUAAGGCAGUGCGUUUUUUUUAUAUAUACAUAUAGUGAUUUAAGGUUCCAUUUCAGUCACAGCCAUUCUCAGGUUCAGUAGGACAAUGUCGAGCGUAGAACGGUUGGCUUGGCGACGUGACCACUUCCUCCUGUACUGUCUGGAUGCAUCCCAUAUUGCACCAUAUGCUCUACAUGGUGCACUACUUUACAUCAGAGCCCUUUGGGGUAGUGCACUACAUGGGAUACAUCCCAAUGGCACCCUAUUCCCUAUGUUGGUCAUGGAUGUGUUCUGUCUCUCUCUCUCUAAUCAGGACACCUCAUGUCACAUGUUUUAGUGUGACUCUUCCCCUCAUUAGAAGAGAUUAAAAUCAGGACAUCUUCAUUCCUCUACAACAGUUCCAUUCCAACCCCCCCCCCCCCCCCCCCCCUCCUAAUCGUUUCACAUUGAGAUAAGGACCAGCUUGUAUGUAUAGGUAGCCUGAGUGAUUAGAUUCAUUGGUCAGUAAAGAAUGAUGGCCUUCACGUACAGAGCGGCUAACCUGUUAACGCGUGCAGAGCGGCUAACCUGUUAACGCGUGCAGAGCGGCUAACCUGUUAACGCGUGCAGAGCGGCUAACCUGUUAACGCGUGCAGAGCGGCUAACCUGUUAACGCGUGCAGAGCGGCUAACCUGUUAACGCGUGCAGAGCGGCUAACCUGUUAACGCGUGCAGAGCGGCUAACCUGUUAACGCGUGCAGAGCGGCUAACCUGUUAACGCGUGCAGAGCGGCUAACCUGUUAACGCGUGCAGAGCGGCUAACCUGUUAACGCGUGCAGAGCGGCUAACCUGUUAACGCGUGCAGAGCGGCUAACCUGUUAACGCGUGCAGAGCGGCUAACCUGUUAACGCGUGCAGAGCGGCUAACCUGUUAACGCGUGCAGAGCGGCUAACCUGUUAACGCGUGCAGAGCGGCUAACCUGUUAACGCGUGCAGAGCGGCUAACCUGUUAACGCGUGCAGAGCGGCUAACCUGUUAACGCGUGCAGAGCGGCUAACCUGUUAACGCGUGCAGAGCGGCUAACCUGUUAACGCGUGCAGAGCGGCUAACCUGUUAACGCGUGCAGAGCGGCUAACCUGUUAACGCGUGCAGAGCGGCUAACCUGUUAACGCGUGCAGAGAUUUUCAUGUUCUUGAGCAUGACGACAAUUGCGUUUUUUGGUUAAAUUGAGAAUUGUUUAACUUAAAGAAACCAGCAGCUUUUUCUUUUAUUUACAUUUGUCCAGAUGUAACCCCCGCAGAAGCUGUUCUGUUUCCCUAAUAUUGUAAAAUAAAAGAUCACAUUUGUCUA